UUUAUAAAAAAAAAAAAAAAAAGAAAGCAGAAAAGCAGAGAGCCAAAAAAAAUUAAAAAAAGAGGAGCUUUUGCAGCGUACAAGCAUCAUCCUGUGUGGAGGAGCUCAAGAAAUUUUACAUUUAUGGAGACACACAGAGAAAUGAGAAACAGAAGCUGAAGAAGCCUUUGGAUCCUUUUCUCUUCUCCAGUUGAAUUUGAUUUGACCAAGUAAAAGAAAAUUUUGACAGAGAAUCAGUGCUGACUGUCUGAAUUCUGAUCACAUUGUCUGGUGUCUGCUCCUUCAUCAUCUGUUUUUUGAUUUGAUUUGAUUUUUUGUCAUCUAAACUAUAUCAUCGCCAAUGGGAGCCCGAUGCUCCAAAUUCUCGCUCUGCUGGUUCCACUCUCAUCUCAAGCCUUCCGUACUCGAAUCCUCCGAUCUCGAAACUGGGGCCAAGAAUGACGGAAAUGUAUGGCCGAGCUUCACAGAGUUCAGCUUCGAGCAACUGAAAGCUGCCACUAGUGGUUUCUCUUCGGAUAAUAUAGUGUCGGAGCACGGUGAAAAAGCACCCAACGUUGUUUACAAAGGGAAGCUCGAUAAUAAUGACCGAUGGAUUGCCGUUAAGCGAUUCAACAGACUGGCAUGGCCUGAUUCUCGCCAAUUCCUUGAGGAAGCCAGAUCAGUGGGGAGUUUGAGGAGCGAGAGAUUGGCAAAUUUGAUUGGAUGUUGCUGUGAAGGCGAUGAGAGAUUGCUUGUUGCCGAGUUUAUGCCCCAUGAAACGCUGGCAAGACAUCUAUUUCACUGGGAGAAUCAACCAAUGAAAUGGGCAAUGAGGCUGAGGGUCGCUCUUUAUUUGGCGCAAGCGCUGGAAUACUGUAGCAGCAAAGGAAGGGCAUUGUAUCAUGAUCUUAAUGCCUACAGGGUCUUAUUUGAUCAGGAUGGUAAUCCCAGGCUAUCUUGCUUUGGACUAAUGAAGAAUAGCCGAGAUGGCAAAAGUUAUAGCACGAAUUUGGCUUUCACACCUCCGGAGUACUUGAGAACAGGUAGAGUGACCCCAGAGAGUGUAGUUUACAGCUUUGGAACACUCUUGUUGGAUCUUCUGAGUGGGAAGCACAUUCCUCCAAGCCAUGCACUUGACCUGAUUCGUGGCAAGAAUUUUCUUAUGUUAAUGGAUUCUGCUUUGGAGGGUCAUUUUUCAAAAGAUGAUGGAACUGAACUAGUGCGAUUAGCUUCACGUUGUCUACAGUAUGAACCUCGUGAGAGGCCAAAUGCAAAGUCCCUUGUUACGUCACUUUUGUCACUUCAGAAAGAAGCAGAGCAGGUUCCAUCUUACGUAUUGAUGGGUAUCCCACAUGAAACUACAUCAUCAACUCAGCAAUUGUCCUUAACUCCUUUUGGCGAGGCAUGUUUGAGAGUGGAUCUUACUGCUAUACAUGAAAUACUGGAGAAGAUCGGAUACAAGGAUGAUGAAGGGAUUGCCAAUGAGCUUUCUUUUCAAAUGUGGACUAGUCAAAUGCAGGAGACAUUGAAUUCUAAGAAGCAUGGAGACACGGCUUUUAGAGCCAAGGAUUUUGCAACUGCCAUUGAAUGCUAUACACAAUUCAUUGAUGGGGGAACCAUGGUAUCACCAACUGUGUAUGCGAGGCGCUGUUUAUCUUACUUGAUGAGUGAAAUGCCACAAGAAGCUCUUGGGGAUGCUAUGCAAGCCCAAGUGAUCUCUCCUGAAUGGGCCACUGCCUCCUACCUUCAAGCAGCUUGUCUCUUCAGCCUCGGAAUGGAGACGGAUGCACAAGAAACACUCAAAGAUGGCACAAAAUUAGAAGCCAAAAGGAACAAAAGCUGAAAUUGUAUAGGUUUCUCAUUUUCCCCCUCCUUUUUAUUAGCUUCCUUCUGUUGUUUCUUUUUUUUUUUUUUUUCUAAUAAUUAUGUGUAGGCUAUUCAUUGUAUGUUAGUCCUCUUAAUUUCCCCACCUCAUUUUCAGCUUUUCUUGACACUACAAGAUUGAGGAUUUUUCAGGAAUUGUUGUGUGUUGAUACAUAUUAAUGCUGAGUCUUAAAUCUAUUGAAUGCAGUAGCUAAUACACGUUACUGAUUA